GUCUGCGCCCAUGUUUCAAAAAAUAUUUUUGAAAUUGAAGUGAAUUUACUUCAAAAGUACCGUGUAUAAGUAUAGUUUUACAUGUUGACAUUGAUCUGUAUAGUACCACGCAUAGACACAAAGACAAUUAGGUGGUGAGAUGAUUGUCAAAAGUUCAACGCAUUGAUUUAAUGAGGAUUAUACCAGAUUCAGAUAAAAACCAAUAUGCAAGCUGAGUCAGCCAUUCUUAGACAGCUCCAGAAAUCUUUUAAAAUAGUCAAACAUCAAUACGAAAAAUACAAUAAGGACAUAGAAGAGACACGACAGUAUGUAGAGUCCAUAGUGAAUUUAUCUGAACAGUUGAUUGCUAUCAAGGAUGUUGAGAUGGAUAGCACCCCAUUAGAAAAGUUCCCUGAUGUUAAAGAUAAACUGUCAGGAAAACUAAUGAUGUCCAUAGAGCACCUGAUAGAGAAACUAGCAUUGAGUCUGCAUAACCAAGAAAUGUGUGUCAGGCAUAUUACCCAAUGUCAGACUUCAACAAGCGAAUUAUGUCGUCAACGUUACUCUGCUCAGUUAGACAUCCAGGCUGCUAUGGAGGGACAACCACUAAGGCCAUCUAUAACUGACAUGUUGCUAUGGUUACAGUCUAUAGAAGUGGCAGUUCGACUGAACUAUGGGGAAAGAGAAUUGGCCAUGAACACAGUUGCAUACACAUCAGAGGAUAAAAUGCAUAUUCUGCAAGAUAAAUGGAGUAUUGACAAACAGCUUGAUAACUCUAUGUUAGAAAUUAUGGCAAGGCUCAUGUAUUUCCUUCCUGAGAAGUUAUGAUAGAAAUAGAGCAGUGUGAGAAAAUGGAGGAACUCUAGAAGAAAAUCAAUACCUAGGGAGAUGGAAACCUGCAUGAAAUGAGUUAACCAACCAGAGUGUCGAAUUCAACACCCUUAUACCCAUUGGUAGGACCUAUUUGUAGGACUCAUCUAUUGACACAGGGUCAAGAACUGUAAGGAUAGGGUGACUUGAACUCCAACCUUCCUGCUUUUUAACUGACUGAGUGUGUUGAUAUAUCAUGAACCUGAGAGAGAAGUUGACAAAUUGCUUUGACAUGAGUUACCAUCAGAGAAUAUUAUUCACAUAUCAAAUUAAACAGAAAACUUGGGAUAAAACACAACUAUAGACAAUAGAGAGGUUUCACAAUGACGGGUUAUGGCUAAAACAUAUCCGCAACUGCAUCUCGAUUU